AUGGUUUCCGAAUUACAGGCUCUUCAAGCCAACCGAACUUGGACAUUGACUCCCUUUCCGGCCGCUCGUGGUUGGACAUUACAUCAAUUCGAUGUGAACAAUGCGUUCCUCAAUAGUGAUUUGACGGAGGAAAUUUACAUGUCUCCUCUGCCAGGUCUUUGGCGACAGGGGGAGGAGAAUCUGGUAUGCCGAUUGGACAAGUCCUUAUAUGGUUUAAAGCAGGCUUCACGGCAGUGGUUUGAGAAAUUUUAUGAUGCUAUAUGGAAUGAUUUGGAGACUAUUGCUGCACUUAAAACUUUCUUACAUAGUCAAUUUCGUCUCAAAGAUCUUGGAGACUUAAAGUAUGUUCUUGGCAUUGAAGUUUCGACUACCAAACAUGGGAUUUUCAUAUGUCAACGUAAGUAUGCUCUAGAGAUUAUUGAAGACACAGGGUUAUUAGGAGCUACACCUGUAGAUACUCCCAUGGAAAAAGGUUUAAAAUUGUCUGAUCAUAGUGAUUUGCUCAAAGACCCCGGAAAGUACAAAAAGUUAAUUGGCAGGCUUAUAUAUCUCACUGUUUCACGCCCUGACAUUACUUAUGUAGUCCAAGUCCUUAGCAGAUUCAUGAACCAACCCAGAAAAAUGCAUUGGGAGUCAGCAUUAAGAGUGAUACGUUAUCUAAAAAGCGCUCCUGGACAAGGUCUGUUCUUCUCUUCCAUUAAUGAUCUGAAGCUGAGGGCUUAUUGUGAAUCUGAUUGGGCGGGGUGCCCUGUCACUAGAAGGUCUACCAUUGGAUACUUUGUCUUUCUUGGACCUUCUUUAAUUUCUUGGAGGUCAAAACGUCAAAAGACAGUAUCUUUGUCUUCAGUAGAGGUGGAAUAUCGUGCUAUGACAGGAACAUUUUGCGAGUUGACUUGGUUACAUUAUCUGCUUAGAGAUCUGGGUCUAUCUCUUCGUGAACCAGCCCUGUUGUUUUGUGAUAACAAGGCUGCACUACACAUUGCGGCCAACCCCGUAUUUCAUGAGCGAACUAGGCAUAUCGAGAUGGAUUGCCACUACAUUAGAGACAAAAUUCUAGAUGGUUAUGUGGCCAUGCGGUAUGUGAAUUCAGCCUAUUAG